CAUUCCACCGAAAAGAACUUUAGAACCCUGGCCCUGUUGCCAAUCAGCUAAUUGGCGUCCUCUCCGUCCAAUCACGUGGUAUAAACCCGAGCCGGCGAGCGCGGCCCCGGUUUCACUCUCUGGCUCCAGGAUGGAGGGCUUCCCGUCCACCUUCCCUCCGCCCAUCAGCGUGGUGUGCACCCCCGCUGUCAGCCCGGGCCCCGGGGGAGUUUGCUGGGCCAAACGGGAGGCGCGCUUCGUAACGCCGCACGGCCUCAACUACCUAGAGCUGUGCAAGGCCAUCCUGGCUCAGGCGGGGCCGCCCCCCGGCGCCCGAACCCGGGAGUGCGGCGUUCAAGUGAACGCCAAAGUGGACAAAACGGUGCAAUGCUCCUUGGGGCCCAAGACGCUGCUCGGCCAGGGGGUGGCCGAUCACCUGCAGCCCGCGGCGGAGGGGGAAAAAGAGGAGGACGGAGAGGACGGCGACUGCGGUAAGGCACCCCGCACGCCUCCGGUGAGCCAGCUGCGCUUCUUCACCCGGCCCGUGUCUAUCUACUCGCCCGUGUUCGAGCGCGGCUUUUCGGUCAAGCAAGACGAGGGAGAGCCGGAACUCCGUGGCGAGGAAGAAGAGGGGGAGGAGAGAGAAAAACAUCCGGAUGAAGUCAUCAAGGGACCCGUACAUCGUACCGGCAGGGGAUCCAAUUUACAGUUCCUGGAGCAGAGGUACGGCUUCUUCCACUGCAAAAAGUGCAACAUCCGGUGGGAGAGUGCUUACGUGUGGUGCAUCUCUGGAACCAACAAGGUAUACUACAAGCAGCUCUGCCGGAAGUGUCAGGUGGGCUUCAACCCCUACAGAGUGGAGUCCAUCAUAUGCAAGGGCUGCUCCGAGACAUGCUGCAGCUGUGAGAAGAAGCAGAGGCACAUCAACAUGACCAGGCCUCACCGCCAGGAUCUGUGCUGCCGAUGCCGGGGCAUGAAGCUCUCCUGUGACGCCACCUACAGCUUCAAAUACAUUGUCUGAUGCUGUGACCGCGAGCGAUGUCGUUGGCACUCCAUGCCUCCCUCCCCAUGUCAUUUUUCUAAGGAAUAAACUAU